AUGCUCACGACGUGCAUCUGCAUCCUGGCGGUGGAUUUCCACGCUUUCCCGCGCCGCUUCGCGAAGACCGAGACGUUUGGGACAGGCCUGAUGGACGUGGGGGUGGGGAGCUUCGUUGCCACCUCAGCCAUCACCAGGGGUUUCAGGGGCGCCAGCCGGACGGGCGACGCUCGUGCAGUCAAGUGUUCCAGGUUUCGACGUGAAGCAACACGCGCCGCCAUGCUGCUCCUGCUGGGCGUGCUGCGCCUGCUGAGCACGAGGGGCGUGGACUACCAGUCCCACGCCAGCGAGUACGGCGUGCACUGGAACUUCUUCUUCACGUUGGGCACGCUGCGGCUGGCGGUGUCAGUCGCCGAGGGCCUGGGCGCCGGGCGAGGGCUCCUGGCCCCCGGUCUGGUGGGCAUGGGCAUCCUGGCAGCGCACCAGUAUGCACUGCAGCGCCUGGGCUGGCUGGCCUGGAUCCACGCCGAGCAGCGCACGCUGGGCUCCCUCCUCUCCGCCAACAAGGAGGGCCUGGGCUCCCUGCCCGGCUACCUGGCACUCCACCUCCUGUCCCUGAGCCUGGGCGCCGGACUGAGGCGCACGGCCGCCAACGCGAGGCCCCUGGCCGUUGGCGCGGCCCUGGCCCUGGCCCUCCAGGCCGCCUUUCUCUGCUCGGCGGCACGCCUGCAGCCCGUCUCCCGCCGCGCCUGCAACGCGCCCUACGUCGCCUGGACCCUGGCCCUCAACGCUCAGGCGGUGCUCGGCUUCGCGGGCGGCGCGGCGCUGGCGGACAACGUCCUGCCCGCGGCCCUCUCCGCGCUCAGCGGCCGCAUGCUGCCCGUCUUCCUGGCGGCCAAUCUGGCCACCGGCGCGGUGAACUGGGGCAUGGACACGCUGGGCGCGGGGGACUGGACUGCCCGCGCCGUGCUCGCAGUUUAUGCUUCUGGUAUCCUGCUGGCUGCGCAGGCUGGAUGGCAAGUGGGGCGGGGCGCCGGGACAUGA